AGUGGACAAAGUUUGAACAAAAAUCUAUUGUCACUUUUAUUUCAGAGGAAUUACCUUAAGCGGCUGCUAUCCAUUUCCCCAAGAGUGGCCGUUUAAUAGGGGUUGAUUAGUGUGACUCAAAAAUUUUACUUCUAAAGCUUUGGGAGUUCCAAACAAGAGAAAGAAUCAACAUAAUUCUUCGUUUGGGUCCACAUAAGAAAAAUGCACGAUUGAAAUCAUAAUUUCUGAAUUUUUAUCUCUGAAAACCUUUGGCUCUCAGAACUAAAAGCUAUAGAUUCAUUUCUCAGUUUUAAGCACUCUGUGAGAACACUAGGAUAUUUAUGGCUUUAAACUUUAAUUUAUGUUAUUAUUUUAAUUAUCCAACCCCUGCCAAAGAGGCAAAACUUUUUCUAGGCGUGUUUAAAAGACAGGAAAAACUGUGAUAUAUAAUAUCACAGAUAUUAAAGCCGUGGAAAUAAUUGCUCUUCUAAAUAUACAUGCAGAUGAGUAUCAGAAAGCCCUUUAAAUGUAGAAAGGGAGAGCCGAUAUCCCCCUAGAGGGAGGGGGUUAAACUGGAAUACACUUAUUGCAUGUUAGAGGAAAGAUCAUGGCCAGCUACAACUGAUGGGCAAAUAAGUAGGCCUAGGGGAGAUUGGUAACCUGAAGUUAGUUGUAAAGGUGUAUUAACCAGCCUCCUUCAUCUUUUUCCAUGUGCUCUAGCUAGCUGACAAUUCAAAGUACCGGUAAGCUUAAAAGAGCACCUUCAUUGACUCACAUUUAACAAUGAUGGACAGUGUACUCUGCGCACUAGCUGCUAGCUGUAGCUAGAUAGAGGGCUCCAUUCUUAGAGUUUAUGUCUAGUGAGUGAUGUUUUUCUAAAGACAGAUACUCUUUUUAGGGUGGCAUGGCAACAGGCGGGGGCCACAGAACAAUCUCAUUUAUGCCACCAACACUUCCAGGGCCUUCUGCAGCUCCCACAAUUCUAUCGGCACCGUCAGCUGCAGCAGGUCCAGUCAGCAGCUUCGACCUUGGAGACAAGCAGAAGAGAUGGGUUGUGAUCGGCAUUUGCCUGAACAGGCUUCUUCUACCAGUUCUCCGCGAUUUUACUGGUCAAGAAAUUUCCAAACACUAUACAUCACUAAAGGGCUCUAAAACAAUUGACACUCAAGUCUUUGGUUCCCAGUUAACUCACGAUGGAUCUUUUAAGUUGAAUUACAGUAGCAUCAACAACAACUGGGGAAGGUUCAAGAGGAAGGAACGUUCAUAUGAUUACAAAGUUACCACAGAUGUAGAUCUGGCUAAACUGUACCUUGAACCACACAUGGCUAAGUUCACAGGGUUUGAUAACACGUGCGACCUGUCAGCGGUGCUAGGGAUUCUGUCGCAUGCAUCUGUUUUUCAUGCUCGCAUUCAAACCAAUGCAAAGGAUGUACGCGCCAAAGUGAGAAAUGAGUGGGGCCAUUGCAACUUUGACCACUGGACCGAGCCAGAAUUCCAAAACUGUUUUCAGCUCAUGGAAACACUGAUUCGUUCACUGGGGCUUCCAAAAGCUGAUGAAGAUAAAGAGCUUGAUGAUCUUCGUGACUGGGAAACAAAGGGCAUGAUAUUGUGCAUGGGAUGUCCAGUGGAUAAGGAUUUAAUGAACCUCGUAAGUGUCGAGAUUACUACCCUAAACCAGGACCUCGAAGCCAUCAAAAAAUCAAGUGCUGAUGAAGCCAAGAAGAUAAGUACAGCAUUUCAGGACGUCGGAGAUGAAAUAAGUAAAUUUGAUGAGCGUAUAACCGACAUUGAAAGCCGAAUGGAGGCAGAGCGAAAGGAGCAAUUGGAAAAAAAUGAAACCUUGUCAAGUGCAAUUGGAGAUAUUUCUAACAGCUUAACAAACAUUGAAAAACGCCAAGAUACAAAUGAAGGGAACAUUGCCCGGUUAGACGAAAGGCAGAGCGACCUGAAGACAGCUGUCACGUCUUUGAAAGAGGGACAAGAUAGUCUAACCUCGAAGGUUGAGGGCCUAGAAAUCGGGCAGAGUCAGUUAGAAUCUCGGCUUAAAGCUCUAGAAGAGAGUAAUAUAAAUGCAACAGCCGACGUUGAAUUUUUUCAAGUAGCCAGUCGCAAUCCUUGCUUUUGUGGUCGCGAAACCGAGCUAGAGGCAAUAGCAAAGCAGCUGAAAAACAUCAAGAGUGGUUGCGCUGAAAUAGCGAUUUGCGGUCUCGGAGGUGUAGGAAAAACAUCUCUUGCUGUCGAGUUCCUCUGGCGUCAAAAUGAGAAGGAGGAAUAUCCAGGCGGUAUUUUUUGGAUUUCAGGCGAGAACAACGAUCUUUUUCAAAUAUCCCUCAGCGAGAUGGCGCGCCAAAUUGGAACUCUUGAAAAAGAUUUUUCUAAUUCCUUGUCAGGAACACUUGAUUGGCUGAGAAGGUGCGAAAAGUUGUGGUGUUUGGUUGUUGACAAUCUUGACGAGCUUGAAAUGUCUGCGAACAUGCGAAAGUUGCUCACUGGCCACUGGAAACAAGCGGCGCAUGGCCAUAUUAUCAUAACCACAAGGAGAGAAGCAACGGAAAUUGGAGAAGAAACGGGUAUCGAGGAAAACGUUUGCAUCGAGUUAAAAUGCUUGACAGAUGAAGAAGGGAUUCAGUUUCUGCGAAUGCGAACGGGAACAGCUGGAGAGAACGACAGUGAGAUUUGUGAGUUGGUACGAGAGCUUGGUGGGCUUCCUUUAGCUCUUGAUCAAGCUGCAGCUUAUAUAAGAUGUCUUCGUCAACCCAUAAAAGAGUACAUGAAGAAAUAUAGGGAGCAGAAGCUACUUCUCUUGAAAAAGAAGAAGGCCCGGAAUCUGGUAGAAAACACUUCACCUGAACGCCUGGCUAUCCACACUACAUGGUUGCUGAAUUUUGACCACAUCAGCCAAAUCUCAAAAGAGAAGGAACUUGGAGAAAUCCCGACUCUUGUGAUGAAAGUGUCCGCCUUUCUUGGUCCCGACGAUAUUCCUUAUGAAGUGAUCAAUGAAGGCCUCAACAAAGUAGAUGAUGCUGAAGCCAUUGGCGAUUUGUGUGACCAGGCCGAGAUAGUGUCUCUUCUUACUAAGUUCUCCCUUUUCCAAAGAUAUGGGACACAUUCCAUCAGUGUACAUCGUCUGGUGCAAGAAGUAAUCCGAAGUGAUAUGGAGAAAGAACAAACUGAGUUUAGCGUUCUAACAUUGUGGAGAAUCCUCCUUCGUUACAGCUGUGNUGUCCUUCACCACGCAUUAGCCAACACACGUUCACCGGCAGAAGUGUGCGAAAGUUUUGUUGAGGAUGCCGUUUUUAGUGUGGAGAAUCCUCCUUCGUUACAGCUGUGGGGAAAGUUGGCCUCGCAUGCCACCUAUUUGCAGGAACAUUUGCGCAGCUUCUCGACCAAACAUCAAGAAUCAGUCCCCACCUUGCUAUACACAGAAGAAACUAUGCGCAUCUUUAAUGAGGCAGCGAUAUUUUUCAGUGUCUCUCAAGAGAAAGUCAAGGCUCAGGCAAUGCAAGAAAUGAAACUGCAGUUCCUAGUCAACCUUGAAAGGUCAUCCUCAGGGGAAGAUCCCAAUUUGCCACCUUAUUUCAUCGAUGUGCCCCUCAAAGACAGGGACUACAAGCUGAUAUCUUGUUGUAUGAGACAGCCUCUUCCUAGAUACGACGACAUGGCUGAAGCAGAUGUCCCUCAAAAUGAGAAGGAAGAGGAAGCCGACGAGCUAAGAGAAAAAGGAAACCUUGCAGUAAAAAGUAACAGGUUUAAAGAGGCAUUAGAUCUUUACUCCAGCGCCAUUGCUUUGUCGUCGGGCGGCUAUCAACUGUUCUGUAACAGGGCCCUUUGCCAUUUGAAGCUUGGCCAGCCACAGAAUGCUCUUGAUGACUGUCAACAGUGUCUUUCUUUGAAGCCAUGCUACGACAAGGCGCUGCUACGCAAGGCUUGGGCUCUCCGAGAACUAGUUAAAAGUGGAUCUACUCAACUAAAAGGGCAGGCACGAGCAGCAUUAGCAGUGGCUGUACAUUUUGAUUCCAGUCUCCGCCGUGACAAAAAGGUUUGCAAGACGUUUCCAGAACUAUCAGAUGUUCGCUCUAGAGAAAUUAGGAAUGAAACACAACUUGCAUUUGCAUUGAUGACGGCGCAAGAAAACGAAACUAUGCUAUUGCACGAAGGAGAGUAUAACUUAACCUGCUUUGUUGCCUUCACUGACUUCCAGAUUGUAGGCCUAAAACCCAGAACUAUUAUGUCUUGUACACAAGUCUGUGACGUCUCGGAUGCCAGCGUUUAUUUUGAGAAUAUCGUUUUCCCCAAAGGGAACAGUGCUCUGCUCUGCAAAGGAAAGGAAGGAGCUAUUCACGCCAACCACUGUGACUUUUCUGGUGGAGUGACGAGUUGUGAGGAUUUUCCAGAAUGUAACGGAGGUCCUGGAUGUAAAGCAGCCGCUUUAGGUAAGCCCAUCUGCGAUCGAACUCACAAGUUUGGAGAGCCAUCAGUUUCUGGUUUUCCUGGUUGUGCUGGAAUCCAGAUCAUGAAUGGAAGCUGUGCAUUGAUGGAGAACUGUUCUAUUCAUGACUGUGGAGGUGGAGGCGUUCUAGUAGUUGACGAAGGUUCUCGAUUAUUGAUCAGAAUGUGUGAAGUGUACAGGAACCAUCAGGCUGGUUUAGAAGCAAGAGAAGGCGGGAACCUUGUUGCGUCUGAAAACAGGAUAUUUGACAGUGGUUAUCACGGAAUCUUGAUUGGCCCAGAUGCAGGAAAAUGCGUUAUUGAUGGAAACAAGAUCUUCGAAAAUGCCCGUGAAGGCAUGCUUGCCUUCCACACUACGAACAAAAUAGAGAUAUGCAACAACGAUAUUCACCAUAACAGACCUUUCGGUCUUUCUCUGGAUGGCAAUUCUCAAAUGACGAUUCGUAACAACAGGAUAUUCGAGAAUGGAUUCUGGGGGAUACUUGUUAAGUCACGAACAUCGGCACACAUAGAAGGAAAUGUAAUCACUGCCAACAAAUGUGGUGGCAUCUUCAUUGGUAUCAAUUACUCUGGAAGAGUUCAUUUGGAAUCAAACAUCGUUCGAGACCAUAGUGGUCCAUGGCUUGAGUAUCAAAACAAAGCCAAUAAUCUCCGCUUUCAUCGCAGCUCAAUAGAUAUCAAAGUUGCUGCUCUUCUAGGUUUUCCAUCGGGAGAGAACGACUGUUACUCCAUUCCUCCAUUUCUUAGCAGAAACGAGGAAGUUAAUAACGAAGAAGGCAUGCAUCAUCCCAGGGAGGUUGUUGAACAACGUUGCAGUGGAUGCACGUAUUGUCGCCGCUCAAAGGAAGAAGUAGAACGCGUUAUUAAAUGCCCGAAUUGCCACAUUGCAUCUUACUGCUGCAAGGAAUGUCAACGUAGACACAGACCAAAACACAAGACUUUAUGUGUCGCCCUCAGAAGUCGCUUUUCUGUAACAGUGGAUAUGAUCCCUUUGGUCGAGCCAGGAAAUGUAUCGCAUCGAACAUUUGGUACUCAUUUAAAAGGUAUUGGAGAGGGUCCUAAACCCGAACGAAACAGUCGUAAGACGUUUAUCGUGAAGUUUCAAACCGCCGGUCUCAAUAGCCAUCCACUACAACUGCUGACCACGUACGACCAAAGCCUCACCAUAGAUUGUCGCGUCCAAAGUCCAGAGAUUUUCAACUUGAUAAUGGAAUGUGGUGUUCUUGGAGCUUUACACAAAUUGACAAGCAAGAAAGUUUUCCUCUUGGCCAUGUUUGCCGAGAGAGGGAAGAAGCUGACAGUUUUCCUUGACCGCUUGGCUCCUUAUCAAGAGUGGUAAAGGUUGCUAUGUACGACGAAAGGGUUGUACUACAUACAGGUUUAGUCAAUACACAUUCGCCAAGAUAGAAGUUGGUGUUAUCAGUACGCAAAAAGAACGCAGUUCUAGGUGCAUACCAGACGCCGAGUGUGUUUCAAUUUUGACUUGUCAGUCCACUCCAUCCCUUCGAUCAUGUAGUAUAAAAGAAACAACAUGGAAGUUAUCCCUCCAGAUAGAAUCUUUAUGGCGGUUUACGUAUUCAAAAAUCCUACUUGUUACUCCGGGGUUGUAACUGCUAUACACCGCCGGCCAUUCAACGACUGCGACCCGCUUCUUUAACUACACUCUAUACAGACAGAAGCAUAUCACCUUUCGAGGCGAUAUGCUUCUGAUACAGAUCACUCUUUAAAUGCGCUAGGAUCAUUGACACUGCUGGAGAUCAAGAUCUGUUCCAACAGGAUCUGGGCAACCUCCAACAGUGGUGUGUUCUCUAUUCCAUGAAUUUUAAUGUUAAAAAGAUUUUAAAGAUUUGGAAAUUAUCUCCAAUCACUACUUAUCAUGGAAUUCUCAUGUCGAUAAUAUUGUUUUAAAAGCAGAUUGAAUAUAAGAACUUGUAGAGGUCUAGCCGGCGCGAAGACUUUUGCAAAGUCUUUACUGCUCACUGGUUCGUUUGAACUUGAAAUAUUGCUCUGAAGUGUGGUCUCCUUAUACUAAACGAAAUAAUGAAAGGUUGGAAAAGGUACAGAGAAGAGCUACCAAAUUCAUCCUAAAGAAUGAUGACCGUUACGAGAUUCGCCUAAAAAAGCUAACUCUUAUGUCCUUGGAGAAGAGAAGAUUGUUGGCUGAUAUAACAUUCAUAUUUAAGACACUCAAAGGGAAAGUCAAUAUUGUGUCCCUUCCUAUAAUUUAUUGAGUUUUAUUCUGAGGGGGACCGUUCCUCCCUUAGGCAUACGGACAACUUAACUUUGGAAAAGAAAUAUGCCACGACAAAUGUAUUGAAAUACAAUUUUUUCCACAGAAUCUCGGAUACUUGGAAUCUUCUUCCAAUAGAAACUCGUAGUGCUACGAAUGAAAAUAUGUUUACGGCUAGAACUGAGGUUUUUCAUGGAGUUAUGAGUACUCUAACUCCAGUUCUAUAUAGUUAUACUUUUUACACUAUUAGUAUUACUUAGAUAUAAUAUGUACUUCUAACCAAUUCGGUGAUCUGUUUUUAUAUGGGGUCCUAGACUUUGUUACAGAUUAUCUCAUGGCCUUUUUUCUUUCUUUUUUUUUCCUGAGAAUUUAUAAUUUUGUGUUUACAUGUGAUUACUUAAGCACCACCUAUUCUACUAUAAACUGAGACUACCCAAUUGGAAACAAUGCUUUCUUGUAAGAGCAAUUAAUUAAACUGUAUUUGUA